UCACCAGCUUCCCCUGAAACCGUAAAAACAAACCCUCCACACAACCUCUGCCUCUUCGACCAGCUCUUCCCCUUAACCUACACUCCAUUCAUCCUCUUCUACGCCAACCCUAAAACCCCAAAUCUCCAAUCCAUCGAUCGCUUCAUCGCCCACACUCUGACCUUCUACUACCCUUUCUCCGGCAGGACGAAUUCGGGCAAUUUACUCAUCGACAGGUUCGGGGAAAGCAUCCUGUUCAUCCAUGUCAAGGUCGAAAGCUGCCGCCUUUCCGAUUUCCUCAAACGCCAUGAACCGAAAAACCUCAACUGCCUCCUCCCUCGAGCUCCCUUCCGUCGAGAAAGCUUCGAAUUCGACUCCCCUGUUUUGGAGAUGCAGGUCUCUGUUUUCGCCUGCGGCGGAAUCACCCUGGGAUGGGCCGCUUCACACAAAUUGAUCGACGGAUUCACAAUGAUAUCUUUCCUCAAGGCCUUCUCUGUCGUCUCCCGCGGCGGCCAGGAGAGGGCGGAGAUCCUCUCCGCCGCCCCCGCCCUGUUUCGGCCGCAAUCUGAUGGAAACCCUCUGGUUUAUAAAAGGAAACUAUGUGACCCGGCGAUUCGUUUUCGAUUCCGAGUCGAUUUCGAAGCUGAGAGCCGUAGCAUCGGCGGUGGGAGGAAAAACAGAGCAAGAACAGGGGAAGGAAAAAAUCAAGCUCUCCGCUGCAUUUGA